UUAGAAAUAAAAUUAAUAACAGAAUGAAAAAGAUGUUCGCCCUUGUGCUGAUAGUUGCAUUUGCAGCUGCAGCUACAACUCUGGUUGAAAAAGAUGACUUCAAGUUCAGUAUUCAAUUCAGUGAGAAUGAACAGAACAGCACUGAUACUGAUGUGCAGGUCAGAUUGAAGGUCAACUCAACUUCUCAGCCUCUAACCAACAGCUAUUAUGUGACUGUGGCCUGCAUUAAUGUAGCAAAUAAUACCUAUAGACUCAGCACAGCAAGCACUACCUUGAAUGGUUUUGGUGUUGAAUGGCAGUGCAGUGCAACCUGCACUUCAUUAGCAGCUGUACACACCUCUUAUAAAUUCUAUGGAUCAGCAACCUGGGGAUUAACUACUGCUAACGUGGCCAGUUCCAAUACAGCUACACUUCUCAAUACUCGUACUGGAGUCGAUUCAACUCAUACAGGAGACAAGAUGGUGAUGCAUACUUAUACAGGUCUCUCAGCUGAUGUACUCAGAACCGAAAUGUACCUUCCUAAUAGAACUGAGACUUGGUAUGCCAGAUGCUAUGGAAACUUCAAUCAUGCAGCACAAGUAAACUUGGCUUCAGCUAUCGCUAACCUGGGCACCUCUCUUGGAAACGAGAAGAACAUCACCUUCACAGGUAGAGGGUACCAAGUAGCUGCUAUCCUUGCUGUGGUAGGGUCCUUGGUUGGCUCUUUUGUCUAAAUUGGUCAAUAAACAUCAUAGUAGAA